AUGAAUUCCACAACUGAUAGGUCUUUCUUUCUUUUUUUUUGCUUCAUUCAAUCAAUAUCAAUGUCAUUCAAUGCUAAGACAUCUGCUACGGCAGCACCUCGUACAUCACAAUAUGUUGGACCAUAUAUUCUACAGAAAACAUUAGGCAAAGGUCAAACAGGACUUGUCAAAUUAGGUAUUCAUUAUGUAACAGGAGAAAAAGUCGCUAUUAAAAUAGUCAAUCGUGAAGCAUUGUCAGAAUCAGUUUUAUUAAAAGUCGAACGAGAAAUAGCUAUUAUGAAAUUAAUUGAACAUCCACAUGUAUUACGUUUAUAUGAUGUAUAUGAAAGUCGAAAAUAUUUAUAUCUUAUUCUUGAACAUGUUGCUGGUGGUGAACUUUUCGAUUAUCUUGUUAGAAAAAGUCGUUUAACACCAAAAGAAGCAAGAAAAUUUUUUCGACAAAUUAUAUCUGCACUUGAUUUUUGUCAUAGUCAUAUGGUUUGUCAUCGUGAUCUGAAACCCGAAAAUUUAUUACUUGAUGAUAAAAUGAAUAUUCGUGUUGCAGAUUUUGGUAUGGCAUCAUUACAAGUUGAAGGUGGUUUUCUUGAAACAAGUUGUGGUUCACCACAUUAUGCUUGUCCUGAAGUGAUUAAAGGUGAAAAAUAUGAUGGACGAAAAGCUGAUGUUUGGUCAUGUGGUGUUAUUUUAUAUGCAUUACUUGUGGGUGCAUUACCAUUUGAUGAUGAUAAUCUUCGACAAUUACUUGAAAAAGUGAAGAAAGGUAUUUUUCAUAUUCCACAUUUUGUACCUGCGGAUUGUCAACAAUUAUUACGUGGAAUGAUUGAAGUUGAUCCAAAUAAACGAUUAACGUUAGAAGAUGUCAGUCGACAUCCAUGGGUAACACAAGGUUCAAAAACUGAACUUGAACUUGAAUUACCAAUGGUACAAGUUAUUCAAACAACAAUCAUUCCAAAAGAAGAAGAUGUUGAUGCAGAUGUAUUUGGAGCUAUGGCAUCACUUGGUUGUUUUAAAGAUCGACAACGUUUAAUUGAAGCAUUAUUAAAUUCCAAACAUAAUACAGAAAAAGUUAUUUAUUUUCUUUUACUUGAUCGUAAAUUACGACAACCAAGUCAUGAAGAUCCUGAUGAAACAAAACAACGAAGUCGUUCUGGUUCACCGGAUAUUCCACAAAAACGUAUUGAUCGUCAACGUUCAAAUGGUGUAACUAUUGGACAAAGUUCUAAUUCUAUUGUACAUCGAUCCGGUAUGAUUGGACAAUUAACUGAAGGUUCACCAUUAGUAUCACGACGACAACUCUGUUCAAAUAUAAGUAAUAAAACAAUUUCAGCUAAUAAUACACCAUCUGUUAGUCCAUCUUCAUCACCAACAAUAGCAAAAAAAGAUGUUUUUUCUAAAAUAACUGCAUUUACAACUGGUAAAAAUCCUAUUGAAUCAUCUAUUCAAACUCCACCAACAAUACAACAUCAUAUACAUCGUCAUCAUCGUAAUACAUCAACAGUUUCACAAAAUGAUAAUAUUCUUACAACACAACCAUCAACACAAUCGAUUGUAUCAAAUUAUAUUAAUGAACAAACAUAUAAAGAUUCGAAUGUAAUUAAUAAUGGUACAACAGUACGACGAAAUCAACAACAACAAAUACUUUCAACAACAUCUGAAUCAAUGAAUACGGAAUUAUCAUCAUCAUCAUCAUCAUCAAAUAAUAAUAAUAAUAAUAAUAAUAAUAAUAAUAAUUCUAAUACAAUUAUUCCAUCAUCAUCAAAUAGUAAUCAAUGGAAACAUAAAUUAACUAAUUUAAAACAAAGUUUUCAAAAUGUUGGUACACCAAGAUUUCAUCGACGACCAAAAAUUUUAUUAGCUGAAAGUGAUAGUUCAACACCAACAAGUUCACCAUCACAAUAUGGUACAACACCUGAAGCAACAAAAAAAUCUUUAUUUCAUCAUAUUAUUGAUGCUAUGCAAGAAGAUCAUCAUAUGAUUGUUGUUAAAGAUCGACCAUUAUCAACAAUUAAAACUGAUCUUAUUCAUGCAUUUUUAUCUACUCCUGAUCUUGUGCAUAAUGUUUUAUCAAGUACACAAUAUCGAUGUGAAUAUCGACGACCUGAUCGUUCAUCUAUGUUUCAACGUAAUAUACGUUUUCAUGUUGAAAUUUGUACAGUUAAAUCUAAUGAUUUAUCAUUACCUGAUACUUAUUAUGUUACAUUUACUCUUAUAACUGGACAAGCUCGACGUUUUAAAAAGUUAUGUGAAGAAAUUCAAACACUUUUUUUAACAAAUAAAGAUCGUUUAAUUAAACAACGACAACAAACAAAUGAAAAUAGUUUAAUUAAUACAAAUAAUAUUUCAACAACAACAACAACAACUACAAAUCGUACAAAUAUACCAUUUAUUUCAUCAUUAUUUGCUAAUACAAAUUCUUCAUAUGUUAAACAAAAUAUUUCUCAACAACAACAACAACAACGACAACAACAGCAACAGUCAUCUUCGUCAGCAUCAUCGCUUUCAUCAACAUCGAAUAUAGCUUUCACUAAUUCUCCACUACCAACUACUGAUGAGUCUUCUACUAUUGAGUCUAUUCGUUUAAAGCUUGCUCAUCGUCUUGCAAUUUAG